AUGGGAAAAGGUAACAAGGCUGGCACAAACUCGUAUAGAGGCAUUGCACUACAGAACAUUCUUUUCAAGACCUUUGCAACACUACUGUGCAAGCGUCUUAGAGAUAUCAUCGAUGAGAAACUCCCCGAUUCACAGUUUUGUUUCAGAUGUGGAAGAUCAACGGCACAAGCUGUACACUGUCUCCAAACCGAUAUAGAAAUGGCCGUAGCGAACCGAUGGGGAAAGCUUCAUGCAAUUUUCGUAGACUUCAGCAAGUCGUUCGACACAAUCAGUAGAUCCAUUCCAAUGAAGAAACUGGAAACCUCCUUAGUUCCAAGACAUUACCUGUUGCCAGUCGUUAGAGACCUCCAUUUCUUUUUUACGGACUGUUGA